GGACAACCGACGCGCCCAUCGAGAUGGAGUUCAAUGGCACCGAUUCGAUUGACAGGGGUCAACUGCAGAGUCACUUGUCCAUGAGCAGACCCUCCGGUGUGGUUCUCACCGUGUUAUGCUUCGGGGCAGAAGCCAGGCUGCCCAUCCGACGACGGGCUUAUCAGCUGACCUGCGUCAUUCAGUGCUUCUCCACGCUUCCCGGUUUUGGCUUCCUCUUCCCAUGUUGACUUCGUCUGGUGGUUGUUGAGUGAGCAUCACCAAAGUUCAGGAACCAGCAAUCUUUCUGUGGACCUCCCCAUGUUGAUCUCCUUUCUGCUCCGCUGCCAUGAUUCCAUCUGGGCCUUUCUCCACGCCGUCAUCCUCAAUAUCCCUCCCUCCCGACUGAUCAUCUUCCCGUCGCUGGCUGGUUCGGUCUGGUUCCUGACGCUGGCGGCUCUGCUCUUGACAUGGCUGGGUCGUGGGAUGCCCGUCUACCCCGGCCAGAGUAACCCGGAUGUCGCCUUCAUCUCCGACAUUGCCUCGUUCGAACUCAAGCCCUUAUUUCUGGUCGGUGCGUCCAUGACAGCCGUGGGGUUCCUAUUCACGGUAGCAGCUGUUCAUGUUAUGCGCUACGAGCCCGGGUUCGCCUUGAUUCGGUGCCCAGUGGUGUCCGAUACGAGCGACGAGGCCACCGCCAACGAGCCAGGGAAUGUCAACAACCACAACGCUCGCGACCAUAUCACCGGAGAUGAAAGCGACACUGACGAGGACCAAGAGACAACCAAGACGCUCAAGGUUAUUUCCUUGUUCUCGAUAUUCGCCUCCGGCAUGGCUAGCACCGCGCUCAUCCUACUCGGAAUCAUGGACACGUUCCGAUACAAAUUCGCCCAUCAUAUCUUCCUGCGCGUCUGCUUUGGUGGUCUAGCAUUACAAUCGGCGGGCACCGCCAUCGUCUAUUCCAACGAGGUUCUGUGUUUCAUGUCGUAUUUAUACCAUUGGGGCGUAUGGCAUAAUGACUGGGGCAAGCGGAGCAUCCGAGUGAGGGUAUUUGCAUCCCUCUCCACCGCCCUAAUCCUCAUACAACUCCUCCUCGGCGUAGCCUUCAUCUCCCUCACCGUCCCCGAAGAAGCAAACGACUACCGCACCGCCGGCAUCCUCGAAUGGAUCAUCGCCUUCCUCGGCACCAUCUACCUCUGGCUAUUUUGCGGCUUCUUCGAUCGAACCAGUUUCGACGGCUACGUCCCAAGCAUCCUAUACGAUACCACUCCGCAUGGGAAACUCCCCGUGCGUCCGACCGUCCCGGGGGCGGAAUCUUCAUGCAAUGCGUCGCAGGAUCUGGAUCCGGAGCGCGCCCCGCUACUUCCUCCUCGGUCUGCGUCGAGUGGAUAUACGUGAGUGAGCGUUUGUGAGUUGGUUUUUUUAUCUUUUUUGUGGUAGGGGGGCUCAUUUCAGGCGUUGGGUUUGAGGUUGGUGUCUUGCAUUUUAGCCGUCCCAUAUCACCGGUUGUAUAUACAUCAUUGUUACAAGGGUAUUUAGGUAUUGACGAUGAGAUGAAGUGAAACUUUACUAUUGCAGAGUGAGAG